GAGAAGCUUACUCAGAGGAUACUAAUACAUGCCUGCCGACAAUGCAGUUUCUUUUUCUCUUGAAGGUGAGUUUCGCUGAUCUUAUCACUGAUUGAUAUGUUUUCCCGUGGUUUCACUCUUGUUUCCUCUUUAGUGCUUUACCAAUGAUCUUGUCGUGAUGAACCCCGUGGCUGCGGAUGAUGAGAGAACAUCCGAGCAGCACAAGAGCAUUAUAGAUUGCGGAAGAUACAAUGAGACAUCGUCUAGACCGUCAAAGCAACGACAAUCUUUAACAUCCGUGCCCUCACGGUAAAUAACAACCAACAUCAAAUUCCGGAACCGAUCGGGACGCUUUUAAAAAAGACAAGACGAAAAGCCUCCGGGUGGCUUGCUCUUCUAGACUCUCUACUAACGAUGUCUGGUCUGCGGAAGAGCCCUCUUGAUGAUAAAUUCUCAUCAUCAGUUGACAUUUCGUCAGACCACAAAUAGGAUCCGCAAUUUGGAAAAGAGUGACAGUUGGCGAUAUUGCUUUUUUAGCAAAUUCCCUACGGGACCCUUGUUCUGGGGACUAAGCAUUGACACACUUGUCGUUGAAUGGGUCUUGGUUUUUGAGAUACCGUGCUUGUUUCUUGUUUAAAGUCGGUAUCUGGAGAGUGUGCAUGCGAGGCAUUGAGGUUCUGCGUAUCCGUAUGCAGGUCUUGAGCUGUCUCCGAGUUAUCUCCACUUACACGGGGAAGAUUCAGGAACGAGAUGCAGCUUACACACGAGUCUUUCUCUCAACCCUCCGGAGAUUGUUAAACAUAGGUACUUACGUUUUCGUUAAUAUUAUAGCUCAAUUCUUCAACAUGAUAUUGCUUCUCUCGAGACAGACUCGAGACCCAUCGUUCUUCAGUGCCCUUGGCAAAAACCCCGAAGAUAAUUUAUGACAGUUCAAAGUCUUUGUGCGCGGUCCCGCCCGGAUAUGUCACAGCUUUCUCUCAUAUCCAAACGGGUACGCAAACCGGCAAAAGGCUGAAUGAGGAAUCAGACCAUGGCUUGUGGGAAAAAGCAAAAACAGCUUAUCGUGUACACCUCGGUUAGGGUUAUUGUGAUGCAGGUACCAACGGUGGCUGACCUGCUUAUUCAUGUAAAUGUUUUAGACUGAAAAAUCUGACUCUGAAGAGGGAUACAAAUGUUGUUCUGAUCCAACCUUCUUUUCAUCGAAGAUUUUGAGGUUCUGGUUUACUGAAUACCUAGAGAGGUCCACCUCAACUUGAUGCUCUGGGUGGGACGAGCAUUGAAACAGCGGCCCGUCUACCCCUGCAACCGUUGAGAAAGUGGGAAUGACCUUGUAAAUCCCACUCUCUCACUCUCACUCUCACUACUCCUCUCAUCAACAAUAGCAGCUCUACGCUAUGAUGGACCUUUUGUCACCGAGACCUUAACCCGAUCUCAUAUAACCCUCCCCUCCCCUCCCCUCCCCUCCCUAAUCAACACGAAACCAGAUCCUGCAGCGAUGCAAGAUCACAACUCAACUGCCGAAUUCCCUGUUUUACAAAAUGCUGACCACCUUCUCCCCCCAUAAGAUAACACUAACCCCCUGUCUCGCAAGAAUAUCUUACCCAGGAAACCCUUGCUAAAGUUCCCGUGAAUAUCACAUAUCACCUACAUACAUGUCCUUCUCUGACCGAGUUCCAUGCUGAUACUGCGAUCUUUUUGAGAUCGGAGGCCGCAAGAUCGAUGGGCUUUGGGUGUUCUGAUUGGAGCUGGAACGAGGUGAGUCUUGGGUGUGAGUCUUGGGUGUGAGUUGCGAUUGGGGACUUUUGCGAAGAUUGUUGAUAUAUCAUGUUUCAAGCUCGCCACUGAAAAGGUGUUCGCAGUUUUUCCGCGAUAUAUAUUGCACGAGCAGGAGGCUAGUCUAGCUUCUAUCGCGGCACGAACGCUUUGCAGCCUUCUUCAGUAUCGAUCUGACCGUUUGUAACCGAUCAGCGCGGGAGCUAUUGUCCUAGUUUGCAAUAGUUCAUGAUCAUCUAGAUCCUGCAGGCUUCACAGAAACUUCUGACAGCUCUGAAACUCAAACGUCCAAAUACAAUUUCUUCAUCUAAAUGCCCUUACCGCUAAGGUCAACAUUACAUCCACUGCUAGUAUACAGUUCUCGUCAUAUAUCCCGUACCCA